CCUCUUGAUGUGAUUACAGAAUUUACAAAAACACAAGAUCAAUGUACAGAGGAAGCAGACAGUAUUUUAUCCAUCUCUGAACCUCAAGGUAUAAUGCACAAUUCUGUUUCAUCAACAAUGUUACCUGUAAAAUUCUUUGCUGAACAAGAGCAAAAAGAUUUUGUAAAAGUUGAUGAUUUGUUUUCAUCUUCUGGAUACAUUUCACCAUCAUUGGCAAAACAUAUGCCUCAAAGCUGCAAACUGCUUCAGCAUGAUCCGGAGUCUUCACAUCAUAGAUUAUUCAAAACCGACCAUCUUACCAUGGAAUCAGAGAUUUUUUGUUGUGAUAAUAGUGCUUUAAUUAAUGAACCUCGAUCAAAAUAUACAUACUCUAAACAGGAUCUGGUUUUUCAGGAACAAAGAGAUGAUUGCUGUUCUGGAAAUAAUUUAACUAAAUUAGAUAUUUUGACUGCUGAUUCAUUUUUAAAUAAAAGUAUUAAACAUCUCAGCAAACCAUCUGUUGACAAAAGUAAUGGAAAUGAUAAAAAUGCACAGGUUCACCACUCUUCUUACAAUGAAGAUGUUAUGGUUAAUUCAUCUCAAGCAGUAGAAGGAAAUGCAAGUGUAACUGAAAUGAUAAGACAAACAUCAAAAGAUUCUGAGAGCUGUGAUGAGGAUAAACACCUUAGUCUGAAUGAAAAUUCCGG